AUGGGCUUGGUACGGACGCUGUUUGUCAGUGGCCUUCCUGUGGAUAUCAAGCCCAGAGAGCUCUACCUGCUCUUCCGACCAUUCAAGGGUUAUGAAGGGUCACUGAUCAAGCUAACUUCAAAGCAGCCAGUUGGUUUUGUGACCUUUGACAGUCGGGCUGGUGCUGAAGCAGCAAAGAAUGCCUUGAAUGGCAUCCGCUUCGACCCGGAGAACCCCCAGACCUUGCGGUUAGAGUUUGCUAAAGCCAACACGAAGAUGGCCAAGAGCAAGCUGAUGGCCACACCAAACCCCACCAACAUCCACCCCGCCUUGGGCGCACACUUCAUUGCACGAGACCCCUGUGAGUAUGCUGGGAGGCACUUCCGUGUCAUGGUUGGCCCAAAGGAGGACCUGGCCAGGUCCCAGUGCCUGCUGAGCCUGAGCCUGGCCUUGUCUGAGCCACCAGAGCUGGCCAGUGUGGGGCUGGCCUACCAGAUGCGCUGGUACCCGCCCUCUGAAGCUGCCCAGCAAGGAUGGAAGUCUCGUCAGUUUUGUUAG